CCGAAAUAGAAACGAGAAGAACAAAAAGGAGGAACGUCCGGAAUAAAAACGGGAAGAACAAAAAAAGGAAUGGAGGGAGUAACGUAUUAGUUAUUUCAAAAAUAAAUAAAUAACAUAUUAGUCGGCGAGAAAGAGAAGAGGAAGUGCAGGUGAAAGAAUCAAGAGAAAGAACCACAAAUUCAGAGAAAGGGAGAAAGAAUCAGAAAUUCAGGAUGGAUGUAAUAAAAAUCCAGCAAAUAAGUUCAUCCAAAGCUAUCGAGAAGGUGGUCGUCCACCCAUUGGUGCUUCUCAGCGUAGUCGAUCACUAUAAUCGUGUUGCACGCGACACCAAGAAGCGCGUCAUCGGUGUUUUGCUCGGAAGCACAUUCAAGGGUACCGUCGAUGUCACAAACAGCUACGCCGUCCCAUUUGAAGAAGAUGACAAGGACCCUAGCAUUUGGUUUCUUGACCACAAUUACCAUGAAUCUAUGUUUUCCAUGUUCUGGAGAAUAAAUGCAAAGGAGCAUGUCGUGGGCUGGUAUAGCACUGGUCCUAAGCUACGAGAGAAUGAUUUGGAUGUCCACAGAUUAUUUAGCGACUAUGUUCCAAAUCCGGUCUUGGUUAUCAUUGAUGUACAACCAGAAGAGCUGGGAAUACCAACAAAGGCUUAUUAUGCCGUUGAAGAGGUUAAAGAGAAUGCAACACAGAAGAGCCAAAAAGUAUUUGCACAUGUUCCUUCUGAAAUUGCUGCCCAUGAAGUAGAGGAAAUUGGAGUUGAGCACUUGCUUAGAGACGUGAAAGAUACAACCGUCAGUACUCUAGCAACUGAGGUGAUCGGGAAACUUGCAGCUCUAAAGGGGUUAAAUGCUCGUUUACGGGAGAUUCGUGGUUAUCUCGAACUUGUCAUCGAAGGAAAACUCCCACUAAACCAUGAAAUACUGUACCACUUGCAGGAUGUGUUCAACCUUUUCCCUAAUCUCAGUGUCCUUGAGUUGGUCAAGGCUUUUGCAGUCAAAACAAACGACAUGAUGUUGGUUAUAUAUCUGUCUUCUCUUAUCCGAAGUGUGAUUGCCCUCCAUAACUUGAUCAACAACAAGAUGCUAAACAAAGAGCACGAGAAGUCCGAAGACUCCAAGUCAAUACCUGUAGCUGUUGCCGCAGGAUGCUGAGCUCAAGAGUAUAUCCGAGUUGUAGAGAUGGAUGGAAGUUGUAUAGGCUGUUUGACAUAACAAGAAAGUAGAUUUCCUCAUCUGUCAGUGGUUUUUUCGGGGUGAAUUUAGGGCAGUUUUUCUGAUAUGUCAUUCUUUUCACAUAGAAGUAACAUUUGAUUGGAUUAUACUCAUCCUUUUUUAACUAAUGAAGUAGUACGGAGUAUCACCUAUUCAGAUUUUCUA